AAGAUAUGACUGACUGAUCCACUUUUGUCCAUUGAUCUCUCAGUUGAGUCCGUCAGACACACUGAAGAUUCGGAGGGCCUCGGAAUACAAACCGAGUUUCAGUUCAGAGCUGUCUCUGCGUCAGUAGCUUUGAACUCUAGAGAUUCCAGAUCAAAUCUUUCUGUCGCUUCAUCUCACCUUCAGCGGAGUUCAUUCUCAUAGAAGGCGAUCAACCAUUGCUUCAACACGAAUUUCAAUCAGACUGAGCAUUAAGACUCAACUCUGGAAGGCCUCUUUGUCAGCUCCCAAGAGCUGAGCAUGCGGAGUACAAAGUUUCUGUCGACCCUUGGUUUUGAGCCAUUCUUAACGGUCUAGCUUGGAUCCCCGCCGCGCUUGUUGCUUCGGCCGUGCUCUGCUGUUCCUUCAAGCCAGACCAUCGGAGGACCUGACGACGCGAAGAGAGUGUUUCGUACCAUGGCGUAUUGUGGCGUAUGUUGUAGAAUUUCUACCGAUGUUUAUGGGGGCAGUAGUAUCAGACUUUCCCGGUGCCUACAGGCUCAGGGAGGCGUAUAAAUCGGAGAACUCUCUGUCACGGCGCCGAUUCGCAAGCGAUGGCUAGUGAAUCAAAGAAAGAAGCAUUUAGAAAGUAUUUGGAGUCGAGUGGUGUUCUCGAUGCGCUGACUAAAGUGCUGGUCGCUUUGUACGAGGAGCAUGACAAGCCACCGAUAGCCAUUGAGUUUGUUCGAAAAGCGCUGGGUGGUCCCACCGUCGCAGAGUUCGAGCAACUGACCAAUGAAAAGAACGAGAUUGUGGCCAAAUUUGAUGCAUUAUGCGUAGAACACGAAGAAGCUUGUAGAAAGCUGAAUGAGCUUCUGCCUCCACCGCCACCAGAAGAGAUGCUGGAGCGGGCUGGAGAGGGUGGUCCGGAAGGAGGGAGCCCUCCUGGGGCAGAGUCGACAUCUCCUCCCACACCGGCGCCGCCAGCUCCACCAGCGAAGACAUCAGAGCUGUACCGGUUCACUGGGUACGCAUUUGGCGAGUGUGUGCAACCGGCAGGCAAGCUCCACUUUGAUCUUCCUUCACCUUUUGCCGUGAGGUCAAGCCGCAAACCGAUGCCCCGCAAACCGCCCAUGCGCAUCCCCAUCCCCGGAUGAAAUGAGCCGAAAUGCAAACCUCGAAGAUUCGCAAGCAGGCAUGCAGAGCAGGUACUUUAGCCUCUCUGAGAUACAGUGGACCCAAAUCCGUCUCAUCUGAUUCUGAAGUGGUCAGUCAGUCGGUAGCCACGGGAGUGUUGCUUCUUAGCUAAUAUUUCUCCCACCAUCCGCACACGCCUUCGUGCUAUAGAUUCUAACAGAAAGCUGCACGUCGUCGUGCGAGGCGAGGCCACGGGAGACGACUCUAAUAUCUCA